AUGGUCUCGGUCAUAAUAUUGUUUGAGAUAGUUUAUUGGAACUAUAGAUUAAUCCUCAGGUUAAGAAGCAGUAAUGACGAUCACAAUGAUAACGAGAGCAAUAAUAAUGUAGAAGGUGAUUAUGGUCAUAAUAAUAGUGACAUGGUUAUUAUAAAUAAUGGUCAUACAAUAGUCAACGAUGAAUUACCUCCGUACGAUGGGCUUAGUUUACCAAAAUAUGUUGAGAUACUUAGAAUUGAACAAAAUAAUGAUCCAUACUGGGGCCCAAAUUCUAAUAAUAAUAAUAGCAGCACUAGUAGCAAUAGUACCACUAAUCCAUUUAUUAAUCAAUUGCCAUGGGAUUGGCACAAUCGUAAUUUUCACAAUCAUUUCACUUUUCCAACAUUCGAAGAUUUUAAUAGAUUAAUAAGUUCUAACACGAACAGCACUAUUUUUGGUGAAGAUGAUGAUUAUCGCUCAUUUAUUCUUGAUGAAGAUGAAGAUGAUUACAUUUCAAACUUAUAUGAAGAAGAAGAAGCUGAUGAUGAUGAUGAUGAAGGAGAUGAUUAUGCUUUAAGUUUUGAAAGAUUUUUUGCAGUUACAAGAGAAAUAGUUGGAGGCCAAAUGAGAAGAGAUAGCAGCUUCACUAUGGAUUUGUAA